UGGCAUCGGCCACCCUGCCAACACACAUAAAUUACAUUUUGUUUUAAACAAUUGAAAAGCCAAAAUAAAAGUAAAAUACAACAACGACUUAGCGGCAUUUGUAAAACCAGCAUCUUUAGGACAAACAUUAUUGGCCGCCAUGUGUUAGCUGCCGGAACGCUGCCCCAUAACGCGUUCCAAUCGGUCUGGGAUUUUCGACCCAAAACAAGAAAAAUUCGCACGCCGUCGCAACGAAUUCGCAAUGCGCUACCGCUGAAAAUCGAGGUACCAUACAGCUUUUACGCCUUGGCCAAACUAACAAACUAAAUGCAAAGAAGUUAAAAACGCUUAAAGAAAAGCCACACAUAACUGGCAAUGGAGCUGAGCGGCGUAAACGUGGGCAAAAGGACGUUGGCCAGUUGAAAAGACCGCGUGCUUGUGGCGUAGCGUGCAAGGGAGGUUAUCGCGCAAGGACCACGAGAGCGAAGCGGCUCCUCGUUCGCUCGCUGAAAACGAAGCGGCUCCCCUCCUCGCCUCUCGCUCGCUAGCUCGCCGAAAACGAAGAAGAAAUCCUUCCGUGGGUGGUGGUGUUGGUGUGAAAAAAGUGCGUGCGGUGCGAUACGGUACGGUCUGUUUAUGGGCCAAUUGGAGCCGCAUCUUGGGAGUUAGCAGCUCCUCGAUUCCGUUCAACUCUCCUCUGUCCAUGUGGCAGGACCUUCCGUCUGGCGGGUGCAAAAUUAGACGAGGUUUUUUUCCCCUUCUUCCCCUGCCACUCUCUCCCAGCUGUCCCUUUAUCAUUUAACUGUCACAUUCCCACGGAUUGCUAGACAACUUAUGAUCCUGGCUGCUCAUUAGUCCUGUGAUGGCUAACAACAAUCACCCGCAUCCGGGCCAUCUCAGCCAGGCGGCGCAGAAUCCAUCAUGGAAUCCCCUGCAAAUUCCAUCGUAUAUACCGCGGCAGCCGCAGUUGGCGCACAUGUCAAAUGAACGGCCCGGCAUGGUGCGCUCACCGCUGGCCUGGCACAUGUCCGGGGCCAGCUCUGCCCCCGCCCAGCCGCCACAUCCUCAUCCGCAUCCACCCCCGCCACCCGAUGCCAUUUACAAUUUUAUGUCGGCCAAUCACAAAAACCUGGAUCACCAUCAUCAGAUGAAUCCAUUGCUGGCACCACCAUACACUGAAACAUUACCCUUCGACUCCAUGGACCUGUCGUUGCAAUCCGCCCGCAAUGCGGCCCAGCCGUUGGCCAAGCAGCAACAGCAGUCGCAGCCACAACAACAGCACCCGCAACACCAGACCCAGCAACAACAGCCGCAAUCGCUCAUUCAUGCCCCUAACUACACAUCAAUUCAAAAUCUCACGACCAAUGCCGCUCAGCAGCAGCAACAGCAACAAGGACACUUGGCUGCGAUGGCUGCUGCACAUGCCAGCUUACUGCAGUCCAGCAGCCAGAAUCCAGUGGUCUCUGCUCCUGGAAUCACAAAUGGAGCCGACUGUGAAUCGCUUCUGCCGCCUCCGCCACCCGCAUCCGUAUCCUCCGGCAACAGCAAUCAUGGCGGGAGCAACAACAGCAGCACCAGCAGUAACAACAACAUAACCAGCCCGCACUACAUGCCAACUCGCGACGAGAACUUCAAGCUGGCACAACUGAAGCGCAGCUUCGACCACGAACUGCAGGCGGGGAAGAGCAUGCCGAAAGACAAAGACUGCGGCUACCCGGGAGCAGGAUCCACCAAGCUACCUGCCCACAACGUGCAACAGCAACAUGGCAGCAGCAAGAAACGUGAGUUGAUGGUAAUAUUGCAACCAAAUCUUGAAUCUAAUGUGAGUCUUUUAACCCAAACAGCAUCGCCAUUACGCAACUUUCAUCAGCAGCAGCCGCAGCCGCCGUACAACUUGGCUGCCAAAUUCAAUGGCCCCCAGACACCACCCACUCCUCAGUCACCGCUGGGGUCUGCCCCACAUCAGAUGCAAUCACCCACCAUGGACUACAAUCAGCUGCAUUUGCAUCAUCCCCUGAACAGCGCGGGUGGAGGUCCGGUCCCAGGCGGGUACCAGCACCUGCAGCCGGAUCAAUCCCAGUCACAAUCACAGUCGCAGUCGCAUCCUCAACACUUGCACUAUCUCAACCAGCAACCGCCGUCUCUGCCACCCCACUUGACCAAUGCCCCGUUUCAAGGGCAACCGCAGGAUGUGGUCCAUCAGCAGCAACUGGGGGCCACAACACCGCUGCAACAGCAGACACAUCAUUCCCGCAAUGCGCAACUGACGAAUCUCGACGUGGCGGUGAAAGGCAAGCCGGAUUCAGAAGCUGAAGAGCAGCCUGUUAUUACGGAUCUCUCCUACCGGAACGCAGAUUCGGAGAAGCCGGCUCCGGAGGCCCCUGAAUCUCCCUACCUGACGACUUCGAACGAAGAGUCUCUGGAGUCCAAUAGCAAUAGCAGUAACAGUCGGAAGCGCCGCAAACGGAAAUCCAGUAUGGUGAUGAGGGUAACGCCAAAUGAAAAUGCCCCCGAAGGAGCCACCAGCAAGCAGCAGCUACAGCAACAGCAGCAGCUUAUUCAUGGCAACAGCUGUAGUCCCAAAAACGGAGGCACGGAGUUCCAGCCAUUUAGUUUACAGAAUGAGAAGGCGCCGCAGGAGAACGGAAGCAACGGAUCACCGGCACCAGUGGAGAACAGCAACAGCAACAGCUCAACGCCGUACAAUGACAACGAGAACCCCAAGACCAAGAAGCAGCGGCAGGCCCUGCUGCAGCGCAACCUCACCGAGCAGCAGCGUCAGACCCAUGAGGAUGAACCUCCUGGUGCUAAGAAGUCCACACCGCCGAGCAUGCCGCCACCCAGUCCGCAAAGUAAUAGCAGCAGUAGUAGUUCGAGUAGCUCCAGCGCCAACACCCAUAGCAGUCGGGCAAGCAGUGAUGUUCGUAGAGAUCAGAAGUCGGAGGUGAGUAACAAGGCCACCACCGAUACCCCAGCAUCGCCCGCCCUCGUGGAGCAGGGAAACAUCGAUGCAAGGCCGGCGGUCAGUGUUCACGAGUGCGACGAAGAAGAGGAGACGGCGACAAACAAGGCAUCCCCUCCAGCUGCACCUGCUGCCCUCCCUGCUGCCCCAACUCCGGUGACGGAAUCUCCCAAGAAGAUCGAAGCCGAGCCCUGCCCCUUUGGCGAGGUGGAGGAUAAGCUGGAGCAGAUGUUUGCCGGCAUUGAAGAGGAACCAGAUCGCACCUGCACGCCGGAGAAAUCCACUGUGGAAACGGGGGAAGCUGGAAAUCACGAUUUGAGCGCACAGCUGGCUCUGGACAGCGCCAAACCCGAAGAGGCGCCAGCGGAAAAAGUGGAAGCUGCGCCUGUUGCAACCCCAACACCUGAAAUACGUCCCAUGGCGACCAAGGCGGCAAUGAAGUCCACGAUGCCCAGUCCCGUGCACAGCCCCACGCCAGAAGCCCGCUCCACCUCAACUCCCCUAGCAGCAGUGGACGAAGGUAAAGCCAAAGAACCUGCUGCCCCCAAAACUGCGCCAACUCGCAGGCCACCUCCCCGCCGCCUCUCCAUGGGAAUGGAUGUCUCGCUGCUGCGGUUCAUGAUUGACGAGCCUCCCGCUAAGAAAGCGACGGGGCGGAAGAAAAAGGCGGCAGAGCCAGAGCCGCUGGAGGACGAGGAGAUUGACGACGACAAGCCCAGUACCUCGGCGGCAGCUGCGGCUGCCCUGGCAGCUCGGUUGGCUCCCAAGGGAAAAGCGGGCGCUGCAGCCAAGAAAAAGAAUGCAGGAAAGGGCAAAAAGGGAGGAGCGGCAGGCAAGGGCUCCGGAAACGCAAAGAAUGCCAAGCAUAAUGGAAAGAAGGCGGGACGAAAAAUGCAAAACAACACAACGGAUGAGGACAGCACCUCAGCGCCCACAAAUGGAGUGGCCUCCGCCCCAGACUUGAAGGGCAAGUCCCCGUUCAUUCUCAUCAAGGCAGACGGAAGUGUGACUAUCAAAAAUACGCACAACGCCGAGGACGUGAAUGAGAAGCAAACGAAGGCCAAGAAGGCGCCGCACGAGAGGAAGAACCUACGGGGCAUGCACAGUUCAACGCUGAGCAAUCGCUACGACGCGGACACCACGGACUCCACCUGGAUUUGUGUGUUCUGCAAACGCGGCCCCCACAAGCUGGGUCUGGGCGAUCUCUUUGGUCCGUAUCUGGUGACCAGCGACUGCGAAGAGUACCGAGCCGCUCUGCAGGCGCCGGGUGUUCAGGACAUCGAUGGCUUGUUCGUCAGUAAGCGACGGCGUGAGGAUAUGGUCAAGGUGCAAGAUCGAAAUCUACCCGUGGUGCCCGCCACCCUGGCCACUAUUAUGCAGGCCCCCAAAAUCAGCAUGCAUAAACGAAAACGAAAACAGACGCAUGAUAGUCAAGUGUCUUACAGCGACGAUCCCAACGAAUCGCAGUCGCAAUGCUCAUCGACGGACCCGCUGGACUGCAAUCAUGAGACCAAGUUCGUGGAGACGUUUCGCGGCAUGGGCAAGACCUCGGAGCACGGCUACGAGGUGUGGCUGCACGAGGACUGCGCCGUUUGGAGCAACGACAUCCACCUUAUUGGCGCCCACGUCAAUGGCCUGGAUGCGGCGGUGUGGGACAGCACACGGUAUCAGUGUGUGCUCUGCCAGCAGUCGGGGGCCAAUAUCUGCUGUUUCCAGCGUUGCUGCAAGGCACCCGCCCACGUACCCUGCGCCCGAUCAGCCAAUUGGAGUUUAAGCGAAGAGGACCGCAAGGUCCACUGUCAGUUACACAGCGGAGAGUCGGGUGUUGCCGAAUCCGUGAAAUUGGAGCCACUAGUUCCAGUCGUCUCGGUAGUGACACCCGCUCCUGCUCCAGCACCACCGCCCGCUUUCAAUGUUCAUUCGCUUCCCUGAGUACGAGUGCGCGUCCAGAAAUGCCGCCUGGUCGCCGAGCGUUGAGCGUUGAAGGCACACCAUCCCGAGUCGUACCAAUUCCCAACACAACCCGCAGUUCGCUGCAGAUAUUACUUAAGCUUUUGUACAUAAGUUACCGACUGCCGUUGCCGCCAGGAGGGCAUUUCGUAAUCCGUGAGGUGUUUUUUGUAUAAAUUCCGCUGUACAUUUUUAGGCUUUGACGCACCGCCCAGGCGAUAAUCACAGCAUCCUUAGUUGUUUAUAUUUAAGUUAAUCCUAAACCCUACUAAAUUAUUUUUCGGCUAGUACUACGCACUAUUCAUUAGUACCUUUUAGUUCUAACUACACCUAAGCUUAAAGACUCCUACUCCCAUCAAAACCGACGUUAUGCCCUGCAUCACAAAUGCCAAUUGUAUCGAUUUAGUUCAAUUUCAAUAUGUGUGUGUAUAAACGACGAAUACUCCAUGCCAUACCGAUAACUAGCGAGUAAUCCAGACCCGUACCCAGAUCGUAGCCAAGGGAGAUUCCAAUGCGUGUGUAUGCGAUGCGACGUUGCAGUAGAGUUACUUAUAAAUAGAAAAUGUUUGACACCAAGUAAGCGAUAACAUUCGAUGCCCAAUUCAAAAUGGAAAACGGAAUAUUGUACAACAAUAUAAGUAUAACUGAUAAACACAUAUGCGAUGAAAUAACAAUGAUAAUAGAGUGGUAAUGUAAACGUUAAAGCCAGCUAAAUUAAACCUUGUAUUGUAUUCGUAUUUGGUAAGAUCUGUACGUAUUGCUGAUAAUUUUAAACCCUAAAUUCGUAUAAACAAUAAAAACUUAAUCUCACAAGCAAC